AUGUGGAACACACUUAGUCUUGUACCUCGUUUAGAAUUGGCUUCUAAUGAACGCGAGUUUUUGCUUACGUUGGCACCGCAAGACAGCCGUGCUUGGCGUCCAAAACCUGUGCGUGAGCUGCUGAAGAUUACUAUGCAGUGUGCAUUGCUUCCCAUCCGAAAAGGUGCGGACCAUUUUGAAGGAACGUGGGAUCUGAUGGCUGUUGCCGCUUUGCUUCGAGAUGUUUGGCUGAAACACGUCCUCCAGUGUCUUAGCCGGUGCUGUCCCUUGUCUUUUUUGCCUCGGUUUUAUGAGAAAGUCUCAGGUGCCAUGCUGUACAGCAAGCCCGUAAGCUCUUCCAUCGCCCAGCUGCUUUCGCGGUCGGAGCGCACAGAAGCGGGUGAGUGGGACGAAGACUCGGUGAACGAAGUGCUCUACAGCAACUGUGUCCGAACGUACAUGCGUCGUUCUCACCGGAAAGAGUUUCCCAAUGAGCUUGUCGAAACUAACAACGAGCCGCCAUCGUCCACGUCUAUCAUAGUGGGUUCCGACGAUGAGGCUACGGCCGUAUCGUAUGCAGAGACAUCAAUCGCAUGCAAACUGCCUCCUUCUUCACCGCCCAUUCCAGCGAGUGACGAAGUGUUUCCGCAGGACAUAAUCUGUGAAGAUGUCGAAGAGGCGGCCGACGCCGACGAGUCUAUGCUCGGGUCUCUCCCCUACCAACAAACUUCCGAAACAAUUUUGUCUACCGAUGCUAAUGCUUAUGAAGAAAUGCUGCUUGAGCAGACGUGA